GCUGUUUCCCCUCCCCCUGGUCCCUUUUUUCGCCGGGGUUUUGUUUUUGCUUCGAGGUCGACCCCUGAACGAGAGUGCGGGGUCUGGUGAGAGGAACAUUAAAACGCUCGUAGUGGGAAGCAGGGAGGAGAGGCGAGUACUUCUUACUCAGGACAAAAGCAUGUCCUCCCUCCCUGGGUGCAUUGGUUUGGGUGCAGCAAGAGCUGCAAUGGAGUCUGAAGAGAUUGCAGAGCUGCAGCAGACAGUGGUUCAGGAGCUGGGUAUCUCUAUGGAGGAACUUCGGCAGUUCAUUGAUGAAGAACUUGAAAAGAUGGACUGUGUACAGCAACGCAAGAAGCAGCUAGCAGAGUUGGAGACAUGGGUAAUACAGAAAGAAACUGAAGUCGCUCAUGUGGACCAGCUCUUUGAUGAUGCAUCAAGGGCAGUGACUAAUUGUGAAUCUUUGGUGAAGGACUUUUACUCUAAUCUGGGACUUGAAUACCAUGACAGUAGCUCUGAGGAUGAAUCUUCCCAGCCCACAGAAAUAAUUGAGAUUCCUGAUGAAGAUGAUGAUGUCUUAAGUAUUGAUUCAGGUGAUGCUGGGAGUAGAACUCCCAAAGACCAGAAGCUUCGUGAAGCUAUGGCUGCCUUGAGAAAAUCAGCUCAAGAUGUCCAGAAGUUCAUGGAUGCUGUCAAUAAGAAGAGCAGUUCCCAAGGUCUGCAUAAAGGAACUUUGAGUCCCAUGUCUGGAGAACUGAGCAAAGAUGGUGACCUGAUAGUCAGUAUGCGGAUUUUGGGCAAGAAGAGAACCAAGACAUGGCACAAAGGCACCCUUAUUGCUAUCCAGACAGUUGGACCAGGGAAGAAAUACAAGGUGAAAUUUGACAACAAAGGAAAGAGUCUGCUGUCAGGGAACCAUAUUGCCUAUGAUUACCACCCUCCUGCUGACAAGCUCUAUGUGGGCAGUCGCGUGGUAGCCAAGUACAAAGAUGGGAAUCAGGUCUGGCUUUAUGCUGGCAUUGUAGCUGAGACACCAAACGUCAAAAACAAGCUCAGACAUGUCCUACCUGCCCUCUCUCAGCUUUAUCUCUUCCUUGGGACAGUGAAAAAGACUUGGGAGGACAUAGAAGACAUUUCCUGCCGCGACUUCAUAGAAGAAUAUAUUACUGCCUAUCCCAACCGUCCCAUGGUGCUGCUCAAGAGUGGCCAGCUUAUCAAGACUGAAUGGGAAGGCACAUGGUGGAAAUCCCGAGUUGAGGAAGUAGACGGCAGCCUAGUCAAGAUCCUCUUCCUGGAUGAUAAAAGAUGUGAAUGGAUCUAUCGAGGUUCUACACGGCUAGAGCCAAUGUUCAGCAUGAAAACAUCUUCAGCCUCUGCACUGGAGAAAAAACAAGGAGGACAGCUCAGGACACGUCCAAAUAUGGGUGCUGUGAGGAGCAAAGGUCCUGUUGUCCAAUACACCCAGGAUCUGACUAGUACUGGAACCCAAUUCAAGCCAAUGGAGCCUCCACAACCCAUAGCUCCACCUGUUCCACCUGCUCCAUCUGCUUUACCUGCUCCACCUCUGUCCCCCCAAGCAGGUGACAAUGAAAGCUUGGAAAGCCAGCUUGCUCAGUCACGGAAGCAGGUGGCCAAAAAGAGCACAUCAUGUCGACCAGGAUCUGUGGGCUCUGGUCAUUCCUCUCCUACAUCUCCUCCACUCAAUGAAAAUGCCUCUGGUGGGAAACCUGGGAUUAACCAGACAUACAGAUCACCUUUGGGCUCAACACCAGCACUCUCGGCCCCUCAAUUGCCUCCAGUCAGUGAUGAAUUACCAAUAGUCUCAACAACCUCGGCUCCAGCACCCCCAGCUCCUUCUGGGCCUCCAGCCCCACCAGCCUUCCAUGGCAUGUUGGAGCGGGCCCCUGCAGAGCCCUCCUACCGUGCCCCAAUGGAGAAGCUUUUCUACUUACCUCAUGUUUGUAGCUAUACUUGUCUGUCUCGGAUCAGACCUAUGAGGAAUGAGCAGUACCGAGGCAAGAACCCUCUGUUAGUUCCACUACUGUAUGACUUCCGGAGGAUGACGGCUCGACGCCGAGUCAACCGCAAGAUGGGCUUUCAUGUUAUCUAUAAGACACCCUGUGGCCUCUGCCUUCGGACAAUGCAGGAGAUUGAACGAUACCUAUUUGAAACUGGCUGUGACUUCCUUUUCCUGGAGAUGUUUUGUUUGGAUCCUUAUGUUCUUGUGGACAGAAAGUUUCAACCCUAUAAACCGUUUUACUAUAUUUUGGAUAUCACCUAUGGAAAAGAAGAUGUUCCUCUGUCCUGUGUUAAUGAAAUUGACACAACUCCCCCACCCCAGGUCGCCUACAGCAAAGAGCGAAUCCCCGGCAAGGGUGUUUUCAUUAAUACAGGCCCUGAGUUUCUGGUUGGCUGUGACUGCAAGGAUGGGUGUCGGGACAAGAUGAAAUGUGCCUGCCAUCAACUCACUAUUCAGGCUACAGCCUGUACCCCAGGGGGCCAAAUCAACCCUAAUUCUGGCUACCAGUACAAGAGAUUAGAAGAGUGUCUGCCCACAGGGGUUUAUGAGUGUAACAAACGCUGUAAAUGUGACCCAAACAUGUGCACAAAUCGGUUGGUACAGCAUGGACUACAGGUUCGACUACAGCUAUUUAAGACACAGAACAAGGGCUGGGGUAUCCGCUGCUUGGAUGACAUUGCCAGAGGCUCUUUUGUCUGUAUUUAUGCAGGCAAAAUCCUGACAGAUGACUUUGCAGACAAAGAAGGCCUGGAAAUGGGUGAUGAGUACUUUGCAAAUCUGGAUCAUAUUGAGAGUGUAGAGAACUUCAAAGAAGGGUAUGAAAGCGAUAUACCCUGUUCCUCUGACAGCAGUGGUGUUGACAUGAAGGACCAGGAAGAUGGCAAUAGUGGUACAGAGGACCCUGAAGAGUCCAAUGAUGAUAGCUCAGAUGAUAACUUCUGUAAGGAUGAGGACUUCAGCACCAGCUCAGUGUGGCGUAGCUAUGCUACCCGGAGGCAGACCCGAGGCCAAAAAGAGAAUGGACCCACUGAAACAGCUUCCAAGGACUCACGCCCCCCAGACCUUGGACCCCCACACAUUCCUAUCCCUCCUUCAAUCUCUGUAGGGGGCUGCAAUCCACCUUCCUCUGAAGAGACACCCAAGAAUAAGGUGGCCUCGUGGUUGAGCUGCAAUAGUGUCAGUGAAGGUGGCUUUGCUGACUCUGAUAGUCGUUCAUCCUUUAAGACUAGUGAAGUUGGGGAGGGUCGGAGUGGAGGAAGCCGAGGGGAGGCUGAGAAGAUCUCCACUUCAGUACUGGGCAUGAAAGAUGAAGGAGACAUCAAGCAGGCCAAAAAAGAGGAUCCUGAUGAUCGAAACAAGGUGUCAGUAGUUACUGAAAGUUCUCGGAAUUAUGGUUAUAAUCCUCAUGUGAAGCCAGAAGGACUUCGCCGUCCAUCUAGUAAGACUAAUAUGCAUCAGAGUCGGCGACUCAUGGCCUCUGCCCAUGCCAACCCUGAUGAUGUCCUGACACUCUCCAGCAGCACAGAAAGUGAGGGGGAAAGUGGCACCAGCCGCAAGCCCACUGCAGGGCAGACUUCAAACGCAGCAGUUGACAGUGAUGAUAUCCAAACCAUCUCCUCUGGCUCAGAAGGGGAGGACUUUGAGGACAAGAAGAACAUGUCUGGUCCAACAAAGCGCCAGGUGGCAGUUAAAUCAACCCGAGGCUUCGCUCUUAAAUCAACCCAUGGGAUUGCCAUUAAGUCAACCAACAUGGCCUCUGUGGACAAGGGAGAGAGUGCACCUGUUCGAAAGAACACACGCCAAUUCUAUGACGGUGAAGAGUCUUGCUACAUCAUUGAUGCCAAGCUGGAAGGCAACCUGGGUCGCUACCUCAAUCACAGUUGCAGUCCCAACCUGUUUGUCCAGAAUGUCUUUGUGGAUACCCACGAUCUUCGCUUCCCCUGGGUGGCCUUCUUUGCCAGCAAGAGAAUCCGAGCUGGGACAGAACUUACUUGGGACUACAACUAUGAAGUGGGUAGUGUGGAAGGCAAGGAGCUGCUCUGCUGCUGUGGAGCCAUUGAAUGCAGAGGCCGGCUUCUUUAGAGGAGAGCCCUCCAUGUUCAGAACCCUUCUUGAACUGUCUUUUUCCUCAGGAACUGGGUCUUCCUGACUGUUGAACUCUGACCUAAGCAAGCCUCUGGUCUAGCUACUCCCCAGCUCUUAGUAGGUAGAAAUGGGGAGACUGGAUCAGGAGAGCUCUUCCAUUGUGGUGCUAGCAGGCAAGGUCCCUUUCUUGAUUUAUAGAGGGAUAGAAUAGGGAAGGAUUGAGGGAUUGACUUAACACUCUAGCCUGAGCCUGAUAACCCUCCUAUCUCUUUGUACAAGUGUCCCUAUUCUGAUAAACCGGGUCUGUGCAUCUGCCUAUCCCUGGUUUGUACUGGUUCUUCAAAGAUUUGGCAAGAAGAUUGUGAUUUUGAUUUUAUUUCUCUCCCUCAGUCUCUUUAUCCCAAUUCUGGAUCUUUAGUCAAAGAUCUGUUUCCCCAUCCUUUACAAUAGGCAGCUGUCAUAAUCUUGUACUUUCUCUACUUUUGUUUUCUUACUUGCCAUGUGAAAUUUUAAAAAGAAAAUGUUACAUAACUGCAAGGAAGGCAUAAGAAAGACUUUUACUUUAUUUAGUUGCUCCCCUUUCUUAAUUCCUAAUAGUCGGACGCUUGUUACCAUAUUUUAUUUAAUCUUUAAUAUAUUUUAAUUAAAAAAAAAACCAUUAACAGUACAUUUUGGUCUGAAAUGGUCCCUCUGCUGAAAUGCCAGGUGCUAGCUGUAGUUCUAGCUUUAAAACAAACCCCAAAUGUUUAAUAAAUAAAAAUUAGAACUAGUUGUCAUUUACUCCAAACCAGCUAAACAAGAAGAGAAGAGAGAUCAGAGAAAGGAGGCAGUAAGAUCUUGGACCUAUGGUUAAAGGAACAGCUAGCAGAGAAAUAACACAAAGACCAUCUGCACAGUCCCCAGUGUAGCCCCACUUUUUGGCAGAGGUGUGGGAAGGGUUACAUAUGCUCUCCUACAGUCAAUUCAUGUGUGGGGAGAGAAAAAGUUAAAAGUCAGCUCAGCUUUGGUUUCUGGCCCAAGUUUGGGAGCUUAGAAAGAUGAGCCUUGGUCCAGCUUUGGCAGAAUGAGGCCCACAGGUGGGGCAAUAAGGCACAACCCCGACUUCAAGCAGGGAGUCAAAGGCAAACAACUAGAGCCAAUUCUUGGUAAGGAAUGUGAAUCAUAACCUCCACCUCUAGAGCUGAGGUCUCAAAAGCAAUAGAAAGAAUAACUUGGGAGACUAGAGAGGAAAAUAUGACCAUCCCCCCC